GUCUACACUCCAUGUUGUAGAUGUAAUGCCGCUGAUGCAGGUUUAUUUGCUCACUGUACACAGGACUUGCUGUGGAAGUUUUGACUGACUUUAGACAAGCUGGAGCUGAUGUGUCCGGGUCAAGAUUUACAACGUUUUAAAGUAUAGGGUCCUCUCUGCUAAAGUUUUCUUUACAAGGCAAUGGUUCUCUCCAUGACCAAAGUACUGGACAUGGCCAGGAACAAGAUGACUGAGAGUAUAUUAAACCUCACCCUAGAGAUAAUCUACUUGCUAACUCAAGAGAAUUAUACAGUAGUGAAGAAGACCUCUACAUGUACUGAAUUCCUGACACCAAGGAGCCUUUCAAAUGUGUCAGAAUCAUGGAGCAAGACCCAGUUCCCCAUUGCGGUGCCAUCGCCUCAUUUUCACCUACCGGAGAAACAUAAGAUCCUAGAAAUCACCAACAAGAUCAUUGAGCUACUGUCAGGAGAGGUUCCUAUAAGGAGUCAUGAUGUCACGGUCUAUCUCUCCAUGGAGGAGUGGGAGUAUUUAGAAGAACACAGGGAUCUGUACAAGGACGUCAUGAUGGAGAAUCACCAGCUCCUCACCUCACAGGUUGGACCCAGUAACACAAAUCAUGAGAAGUGUCCUAGUCAUUUUCUAUUACCGUAUUGCCGAAAGGAAAAUCCUUAUGUCCCACUGGAGCAUCAAUUAGACAGAGAUGAGAGUGAGGACCUGAUCAAUUUUAAAGUUGAAGUUAUAGAAGAAGAUGUGUAUGUGAGACAUGAACAUCUGUUUAAGGAAGAGGAAAUUCUUGUAGAUAUCAACCCAGCAGAUGACUGUACCAGACAAUCAGAGGUAUACUGUUUUCCUCUAGAUUACGAAGUAGACAUUAAAGAGUCCUCUUACCAUACCUCUCAAGAACACUUCAGCACUCCACAUAUACCAUCAGUCCUUCACAGCGGAGAUCCAUUUUCUGAUCCAGCUAACCACAAGGAAACGUCACCUGAUCAAUCACAGAUUGUUAAAAAAAGUACAGAACUUAAAGAGGGUAAAAGUUUUCAAUGUUCAGAAUGUGGGAAAUUUUAUAAAAAUGCCUUUAAUCUUUACAUGCAUAGCAGAAUUCACAGAAAUGAAAGACCAUAUGCUUGUUCGGAAUGUGGGAAAUGUUUUACCAAGAAAUCGAUUCUAGUUGAUCAUCACAGGGUUCAUACAGGGGAAAAGCCAUACUUAUGUACAGAAUGUGGGAAGACUUUCACCACAAAAUCAGUUCUUGUUGAGCACCAGAGAACUCACACAGGAGAGAAGCCAUUUUUAUGUUCGGAAUGUGGAAAGUGUUUUGCCAGGAAAUCCCAUCUGGAUAGACAUCAAAGAGUUCACACAGGUGAGAAACCAUUUCUUUGUUCAAACUGUGGGAAACGUUUUAUCCAGAAAAGACAUCUUAUUGAACAUCUGAAAAAUCACACAGGGGAGAAGCCAUUUUUUUGUUCAGAAUGUGGGAAAAGCUUCAUCCAGAAAUCACAUCUUGUCAAACAUCUGAAGACUCACACAGUAAAAAAAGCCCUCCUAAUCAUCACAUAGUUAGAAGAAUGGGAUUCCACUGUACUGUCUUCAAGUGGCACUUGAAAUAAGAAAUAAAAGUAUUUACAAUGUCCAUUCAUGGCUAUUUGGAAUAGAUGGAGGGGUGAACAAAUGUUAUUCCGCAGUGGCCCAUGUGAAAAAAAGGCACUCAGCUUCAAAAGUCCUUGACAACCUGUGUUUCCUUGGAAAUGUAACU